AUGAGAUCACUAAUCUUGAUAAGCUUUAUUAUCAGCAUUGCAGAGCCCUGGUGGUUUGCGAAUGACUAUAAUGAAUACAAAAAUGCAACAAGAGCAGCAAAAGAGGAGAGACAACAAGCCAUAGCAAAAAUCCUGGAAGACUUGCCUAAAUUCUUCGAAGAACUCGAAAAAAUUGAAACAAAUAAGGAUUACACUUGCAAGGAGGAGAGAAAUGCAGUGAGGGAACUAUGCUCAACACUCGACCCACGCGGUCGUAGCGUGGAUUAUACUUGCAAGGAGGAGAGAAAUGCAGUGAGGGACCUAUGCUCAACACUCGACCCACGCGGUCGUAGCGUGGUCAACUAUUUGAUGGAGCUAUACAUCCCACGCACUCGCUACAGUGGAUCUUCCUUCAAUGACAUUUUCUUUGAUGAUUUUCCAAACGCCGCUCCUGGCUUGAAUGGGCUGCUUGUGGUUUAA